AUGGAGGCAGGAGUCCUCUGGCUCCUAACAGGACUCCUCUUGCUCCAGGGUUGCGCUGCUGCUGCCGUCCAGUCCCCAGAUUAUGGAGAGGAGAGGACAGGUGAGAGCUUGACUUAAGGAGCUGGGUGCCCCCGGGGGGGGGAGGGAAGCUGGACCAUCCUCUCUUGGGUGCUGAGGAGGAGCUUCCUUCCCCAUAGAGUAGGUCCAGCACCAGAGGGAGAUGUUUUCAUUUAGAGAAAAGGUGAGCAGGAGGCAUAGGAGAACAAGAAGCAACACGAUAGACAUUUAUAAGAUUCCUCCUGCCACGGAGGAAGUGGAGAGAGGUCUUUCUCCCUCUCUCCUAGAAUUCGUGGACGAUGUUUCCGUUUUACUUACUAUAUGCAUCUUACACCCCCCCACACCAAUUUCCCCCUUUUCUUCCUAAUGUCUCAACAAAUGAAACUGAUUUGUAAAAAUGUUACAUGGGGGGAAAAAUACGAGAGAGACAUUGCAAACACUUUUGUAAAUCAAGAAAAUCUUUAAUAAAAAAAAUUAAAAUAAAAUAAAAAUAGGACUCGUGGACGUCCAAUGAAGCUGCAUGUUGGAAGUUUCGGGACGGGUGAAAGAAAGGAAUUGUUUGCACAUUGCAGAGUUAAACUUUGGAACUCCCUUCUGCAGGAAGGAAGCAGCCACCAACAGAGAUGGCUUCAGAAGAGGGUCAGACAAAUCAUGGAGGAGGAGAGAGGGAGAUGGGUGGGCUCUGGAGACAGCAAAGCUUCUGCAUCCCAGUUCCUGCAAAACUGCCGGGGGGGGGCUCCUGUGUUCGAAUCCUGCUUGCAUGUUUCCCUUUGGGGCACCUGGUCAGCCACCAUGAGAACACAAGGCUGGACUAGAUGAGCCCCCUUUGGCCUGAUCCAGCAGGCUCUCCUUGUGUUCUUAAGGUGGGGGUUUGGGGUGGGGAGGGGGCUGGAGUUGCAGCAGCUGUGCAGCCCAUGGAGCAGAGCAGAACCAGCCUGUUUUCCCCCUUGGGGCAGGAAUGUGCUCCUUGGCUCCCCACCAGCUGGGCCUGCAAUGCUAGCUGGGUCCCCUGCUCCAGGCCGCCAUGGGGUGGCUGAGCCAGAGAGGCCCCUCCAAGAUCAGGAAAGCAAGGUGGGGGAGAGGGGGGGAGUGGUUGAGAGGGAUAUUCUUCAGGACGCACCUUAAUAAUAAUAAUUAAGCCCAUCGCCCAGCCCUUCCCAGCUAGCUUUUAUGAGCCAGGAUGGGGAAGGAUCCAGGAGACAGGUGGUUGGCUUCACUCGUCCAAGCAGCCUGUCCACAUCCUCGGAGGUAACAGAUUGGAAUUGAUCCCAUGCAACUUGACUAGACAGGACUCUAGCACUCUCCUGCCCCAACCCUGCUCCCACGGUGGCGUCUACCUCUUCCCGAAUCUGAGCGACUUUAUCUGCAAAAAACUUUGCAAAAUCAUUGCAGGAGAUCAUGUGGCCCGUACUGGGCCCCGAUGUCGCAGGUGGUUCCGCUAAAUUGCGAACCACCUGAAAGAGUCUCCUGCUGCUGUUUUCUGCAGAUGCAAUAGAGGCAGUGAAGAAAGUCUUCUUCACCAUUGCUAUCACCACUUGGUGGGCUCAACAUUGAGCUCUAACCCAUGUCUGGUUGGCUUCAGAAUGAGUUAUCCACCACCGGCACUCUAGCUGUCUCAGCGAUUGUUUCAUUACCCUCAGAUGCAUGGAAAACCAUGGGGCUAUCUGGGCUUCAUGCGGUCGGAGAGGGCGCUUUGGAGCCAAACAGUCAAUAGCCCUGGUUAACUCCACAUUCCAGUGGACCACCAGGGAAUCUUGUUAUGGCUACAGCUGACAUCUAUGUCAAAAGCUCUUUAGAGGGACAAGCGUUCGUGUUAUCAGCCCACAUACUCAGUUGCAGGGAGGUCAGAAAAGGAGGUUUACUUAUUUUGAUAUACUUGAGACUAGAAUAACGAAACCUGAGGGCAUUCCCACUACAGAUGGAGUAACGUCCCUUCGAGCCCUCAAGUCCGGCUAAGAAUCUGGUGUGGACUGACAUGUGAUAUGAGACAUCUUUUUUUGUGGGGGGGAUACGAUGGCAUCUGUGCAAAGCUUGGAGAGAACAUCCCCUCUUGUAUGGAUGGGGGCAGCCCUGCUAUUAGGCAGAGUGAGGAGGCUGCCUCAGACGGCAGGUGCUGGUGGGGAAGGUCAGGGAGUGGUGGCAAGAAGGCACUGAAGGGCAGGGCUGGUACAUGCCACCCACAGCAAUACAGUGGUACCUGGGGUCACGAACUUAAUUCGUUCCAGAGGUCCGUUCUUAACCUGAGGCGCAUCUUCGCUAAUGGGGCCUCCUGCUGCCGCCGCACCGCGGGCACACGAUUUCCGUUCUUAUCCUGGGGCAAAGUUCUCAACCCAGGUACUACUUCCGGGUUAGUGGAGUUUGUAACCUGAACUGUUUGUACCCCAAAGUGUUUGGGGGUAUUGCUGGAAACCGCAGGAGGGGAGAGGGUUCUUGAACUCUGGUCCCCUCGGGAGGUCCGGUUAGCUCAUGCGAGAACAAGAUGCUGGACUAGAGGGGGGCAGUGGCCUGAUCCUGCAGGCUAUGUCUAUCUAGUCCAGAGCUUCCCAAACUGUGCAUCACGACACAUUAGUGUGUCAGCUGCAGUGCGUAGGUGUGUCACACAAACGCUCCCGGCGCUUCUCCUGGGUCCGGAAAGGGGUUAGUUUAACCUCCGGUUUGCUGGUAAAACUGAAUUACUGCAUCAUGAAAUGAUUCGUGUCUAAAAAGUGUGUCACGAACAUGAAAAGUUUGGGAAGCUCUGAUCUUGUCCAAUCGCCUGCAGUGCAGGAAACACAGCCAAAGGAUCCCCAAAAGGCUUCUGUAUGUGGAACUGGGAGAGGCAGCCAUCUUCUCCUUCGCCUCGGGCGGCAAAAUAUCUUGGGCUGGAUUAAUGGACAAACGGCCUUCUGCCCCCUUACACCUUCCCGGGGGGGGGGGUGCCCACCCUUCAAAUGCAGAGCCCAGGACUGGCAGGGAGACGGCCUGGAUCGUGCUCACACCCAGCUUCUUGGGUUCUCAAUCGUCUUUCUCUCCAUCUCUCUUGCUUGCAGGGAAGGAGGGAUUCUGCCCCGCCUCCCCCAAUGGGCUGUAUGACCCCCCCUGCAAGGUGGACUGUGAAGCGGACAGCGAGUGCCCCGGGGGGAAGAAGUGCUGUGAAUUUGCCUGCAGACACGUCUGCCUGCCUGCCAGCCAAGGUACCUGUGCUUUGCCAGCCACUGGUGAAGCGUUUCAUUUACCUGCAAGAUCGCCUUGCCCAGAUGCACACCUUGGGCUGCUUGGAUUGGUGGAACUGGCACUAUUAUGAGUGCCACAUUGUACCCAUUCUGCACUUGUAAGAACUUGGUAUUUUAGUGUGGCAGCGCCAAACUUUGAGACUCCCCGCCUGUUGAUAUCGAGCAGAUGCAUUUAGUAUACCCUUUCUGGAAGCCACUAAAAGCAUUUUUGUUAGGGAAGCAGAUGUUGACAAAGUUCAUGCAAGUUUUAAUCUGUUUCUAGUCUAACGUCAUUUUAACUUUGUGAAUGUCUUAAAUUAUUGCUGCUGAUUCUUCUAAUGGUUUCCUUCCAGAUUCUUUCCAAUAGCUAAUAGUUUCAUUGUUGCUGUAAACCACUUGGAAGUUGGUUGGUUUGUUUACAAUCAAGAGGUGUAUAGAUUUUAUGAAAUAACAAAUAAAAUCUCAGCUCGAAGUUGGUGGGUGCAAAUGCACCCCGGAUGACAUGAGCAAAUCUACCCAUGUUUUCGGGAGACCUUUUGUUCCUGGGCCAGGGAGAGAAAUGGGGUUGAAUUUAAGUUGGUUCCUGAGCCCCAGAAACAGUUCUGGAGCAAAGUGCCCUCCCUUGGAACAUAACCAAGUGCCAAGAAGUUGUGUGUGCCUCUGGGCAUGGGCAGAGUGCCUUCCCUUCCCUGCUGAACAGCCAUAGUCAGAUCCCGACUUCUGGGCUUGGGGAAGAGAUUGCAGCAGGCCUGUGGCUCAGUCACUGUCCCAUUAAGAACAGAGAGAGGGGCUGUCCAGUCACCCCAUCGGACCGUGAGACCUUGCCAACCUCAAGAAGGGGCACUGGGUGGUACAGAGAGACAAGGCAGGGCUGUGCAGGCUGUGGGCAACCGGCGAUACUGCAAUGCUCCACUGCAGCCGAGGUGCUGUGAUUCCCACAUUGCAUGGGGUUGGACUAAAUAAUAAUAAUAAUAAUAAUAAUAAUAAUAAUUUAUUGCCUAUACCCUGCCCAUGUGGCUGGGUUUCCCCAGUCACUCUGGGCAGCUUCCAGCAAAGUAUUAAAAUACAGUAGUGUGUUAAACAUUAAAAGCCUCCCUACACAGGGCUGCCUUCAGGUGUCUUCUAAAAGUCUGGUGGUUGUUCUUCUCUUUGACAUCUGGUGGGAGGGCGUUCUACAGGGCAGGUGCCACCACCGAGAAGGCCCUCUGCCUGGUUCCCUGUAACUUGGCUACUCGCAGUGAGGGAACUGCCAGAAGGCCCUCGGCGCUGGACCUCAGUGUCCGGACAGAACGAUGGGGGUGGAGAUGGUCCUUCAAGUAUACUGGACUGAGGCUGUUUAGGGCUUUCAAGGUCAGUACCAACACUUUGAAUUGUGCUGGGAAAUGUAGAUGACUGUUGGGGUCCCCUCCACUCUGCAGUUCUGUGAUUCAAAGGCAGCAGCUGCCUGUCUUCAAAGCCUUCUCAGAUCCACCUCCCCAGCAGACCUUCCUUGGCCACAGAGUCCUGGCUGUCUGGCCUCCUCAAGAUGUCCGCCCUUGCUCAUUCUCUGCUUUCUCGUCUGCUCUCAGAGAAGCCCGGCAGCUGCCCGCCACCGCUGCUGAAGAAGCUCCAGGCGCCUUUGGUGUGCGACUCUUCCUGCACGGACGACGCCAGCUGUCCCAGUAGGCAGAAGUGCUGUGACUCAGGCUGCGGAAGCCAAGUGUGCAGGAUCCCCAUUGAAGGUAACGAGGAAACUGGCCCUGACCUGGGGCAGGACGGAGAAAAGAAAGUCCUUCUUCGUCCAGUGCAUAGUUAAACUAUGGAACUCCCUCCCACCAGAGGCAGUGAGGACCACCAACCUGAAUGGCUUCAACAAAUUACUGUAUUUUUCGCUCCAUAAGACGCACCUGACCAUAAGCCUCACCUAGUUUUUAGAGGAGGAAAACAAGAAAUUAAAUAUUCUGAACAAAACAGUGGGUGUAUGAUUUUUGUGGUUCAUGCUGUAGCCACAGACAUGAUAUGUGAUUUGACGAUGAGUUUGGGGUAGCCCAAUGCAAAAAUCCUGAGAAUCCAUGUGGAUCCGUGCUUUGUAACCAUGUUUUUGCGCCACAAAAAAAGUGGAUGCGUGAUUUUUUUGGUGUAGGGUAUAGCCAUGGACAUGCUAUGUGAUCAGAUGGUGAAUUUGGCUCCAGGGACCACACAUUCGCUCCAUAUCCACACAUUCGCACAGAUAUAUCCAUAUCCACACAUUCGCACAGAUAUUUCCCCCUCCUUUUUAGGGGGGAAAAAGUGUGUCUUAUGGAGCAAAAAAUACGGUAAUGGAGGAGAGGGGUAUCAAUAGCUAUGAGCCAGGAUGGCUUUGCUUUGCCUCCACAGUCAGAGGAAUCAAUACAUCUGAGUACCAGUUGCUGGAAGCUACAAGAAGAGAGAGGAUUUUUGGACUAUGCGGACCAUAGGCCUGAUCCAGUAGGCUUUUCUUAUGCUCUUAUUUGGGGCAGGACCAGUUUUAUUCAUGCAGUGCAGUUAAACUGAGGAACUCUCUCCCACAGGAAGCGGCAAGGACCUUCAACCUGGAUGUCUUUACAAGAGGAUUAGAUAGGCAUCUGGUUGGCCACAGGAUGUUGGACCAAAUGGGCCACUGGCCUGAUCCAGCACCCUGCUUUGUUUUGCUUGCACCCUGUUGACUCAAUGUCUCUGGCAGUUGUUUCAUGAAGGCUAUCAGUGGCUAUCAAGGAUGGCUCAGCUCUGCCUACAGGGUUGUUGUUGUUGAGUCGUUUCGUCGUGUCCGACUCUUCGUGACCCCCUGGACCAGAGCACGCCAAGCACUCCUGUCUUCCACUGCCUCCCGCAGUUUGGUCAAACUCAUGCUGGUAGCUUCGAGAACACUGUCCAGCCAUCUCGUCCUCUGUUGUCCCCUUCUCCGUGUGCCCUCCAUCUUUCCCAACAUCAGGGAGUCUUCUCUUCUCAUGAGGUGGCCAAAGUCUUGGAGCCUCAGCUUCAGGAUCUGUCCUUCCAGUGAGCACUCAGGGCUGAUUUCCUUCAGAAUGGAGAGGUUUGAUCUUCUUGCAGUCCAUGGGACUCUCAAGAGUCUCCUCCAGCACCAGAAUUCAAAAGCAUCCAUUCUUCAGCGAUCAGCCUUCUUUAUGGUCCAGCUCUCACUUCCAUACAUCACUACUGGGAAAACCAUAGCUGGGAAAACCAUACAUGGUGGGAGGCAGCAAAGCUGAAAACUGGCCAGUCUCUAAAACACAGGCCCUUCCCCUGUUGUGCCCCGGGGGAAGAGAUGCAAUGGGUGCCCAUUGCCAGGGCAUCAGGUCUCUCUCCUGAAAGCUGCAUCAGCUCCAGACUCGGCUGCUUCUAUCAGUUGGGGGGGGGUGAUCAAUUGAUGUGCAUGUGCCAGGCUGAAGGCCCCCACAGGACUCUGGCUGGCCACUGGGAGAACAGGAUGCUGGACUAGGUGGGCUCCCUUUGGCCUGAUCCAGCAGCCGGGCUCUUCUGAUGUUCUGGUGGAACCUUCAGGUCCAGGGGCAGUCUGUCUCAAUUCCUAGGUUCUUUAAGGCAUUUGGCGGCUGAGACCACAUAACACCGGUCCUAAAAGACCUACAUUAGCUCCGGCUGGCCGCCUCAGCACCUCGCUAGCUCGCUCGCCCCCGAACUCAUGGCGCAGACCCGCCCGCUGCAGAAGAGCCCGCUGCAGUGCUCCAACCGACGGGUGAGCUCUUCCCUGGACUUCAACUCUCAGGCCCCGGACUCUCAGUCUGGCACCCCUGAGAGCCUGGCACCCAGGUGCCCCCCACCCCUGGCGCCUAUGGUUAAGACGGCCCUGGGUGGAAGGAAACCUGUGGGAGAAAAUUCCCUUUUGGGGGGUUCAAGUACAGAGGCUCACCCCAAAUCCCCAACUAGCCAGACGUGAUUCAGUAAUGCAUUACCAGAUGGAAUCCAUUAGUGUCUGCGAGAGAAUUUCCAUUAGCACACGCCCUUCACAGGAAAGAAACAUGCCAUCUUGGCUGCUUAUUCUUCUGCCUAUCCCCUUCUGCCACCCCAGCUCAAAGUCUCUCGUCCAGCCACAGUCCUGGGAAACACUUUGGGCUCAUGCACAAUCCGUUCCUUCCUGAAACUCCAUCUGCCCUGUGCCAAGAAGACUCACGCCCUCUCUCAUUCUCUGCCUCUCUGUGUCUCUUAGAGAAGCCUGGGAAAUGCCCCCUGGUACAACGGAAGACGCCCUCAGGAGGAGGAGAGCCGUGCAGCGACACCUGCGCCCACGACUGGCAGUGCAAGGGGGACCAGAAGUGCUGUUUCUCCGGCUUCUCCAUGGAAUGCACCAACGUCCCCCAAGGUGCCAAGGCAGGAGGGGGCAGGCCAGCUGAGGAAGCUGCCAGAGGCCGGGGUGGCACCAUGAGAGGAUGGGCACCGUUGUAAACAAAAUCUGCCCCUUUUUCCCUUAUGGGCUUUUGUAGGUUCUCUAUCGGUAGGAGAAAAUAACAGAGACCAACCAGAGAAUAUUGAGAAGCAAAAUAGCUAGUAAGCCUGAUCUUUAUUAAAGCUGUUGCAACAGGGUGCUCCCUUCACAUGCAGGAAAGGAGGAGGACCCAGAACGCAGGUGUGUCUGCCCUUAUAUAGACAUUUUAAAUUGCCAUCCCUGGAGUCCAAGACCACCCCCAGAAACAUCAUACCUACAUCACAGAAAAGGCGGUCUACAACAGAAAUCUGAGUGCAUUGUUUUUACCUUGUAUGCCAGGUUACCUGUUAAUGUUCACUUGACUGGAUACCCUGGGGAGCCUGGCCAGUCUUUUGUAAUGAUAAUACUUAAUUCCUGAGCCAAGUCACAGGCUCACCCUAUUCACACCUUAAAUGUGCCCUUAAGGCAGGAUUUGUGAGGACAGAGACAAUGGGGAGGUUUCUGCAUUUCCUUCGAACUUGCAGAGAAAUAUUUGAGGUGACUGAAAGAGUCAAACUGGCUUUAGGACUUUUCCUGUGGGUUUUGGACAUGUGGUUUAUAUAUUUACUGGUAUAUAUGUGUUUGCUUGGUACGUUUAGGAAUAUAUAUAUAUAUAUGACCUAAAAAUUCUUAUAACAGCACCCCUGGCAGGUGAAUCUCAGGAGGCUCAUACAGUCACAAGGGAUCCCAGGGGUCAUCUAGCUCAGCCCUCUGCAAUGCAGGAAUUGCAGCUAAAACCACUGCUUUUCCUCUCUUGCUCCAGCUGCCUGUUUGGGCUGAGGGACUUGACUCAGCUGCCCUGGGGAUCCAUCACGCAAGGCCCCCAUUGGCCUAGGAAGAGUGCAACGGGUGGGCUUUGGGACAGGGGUCUCGGCACUCUUCUCCAGCAGCGGGGACAUCCCUCCCUCAGACAGUCUGGUGGGUUUGAUAAGAGAGGAAGGGUCCCCAAUGGGUGCUCAGGACUCUUCCCUGACAAGAGUGAAAAGACGGGGAGGGGAGACCAGCAGCUCCUUGACCAGGGCUGAUGCUGCUGGUGGAGCUGACUGCUUCCUUUUAGCUGAGGCACCCCUGGGGGAAGACACGGGGUGCAGGGGUUUACAGUGUCCGACCAGGACCUGGUAAAGGGCAGGGUUCGAAUCCCCCACUCAGCUAGGAUGAAGCUCACAGGGUGUGAUCUUCAUUGCCUCUCGGCCUAACCUACCUCGCAAGGUUGUGGUGCGGAUUGAAGGAGAAGGCGAGAACCGUGCAGACCACCCUGAGCUCUUUGGAGGAGAAGGUGGGACAGAAAUGCAAUAAACAAACAAACAAAUGAGAGGAACGGGCACAGCUCCAAAGGCCCGUGGGGGGGGUCAGCCUUUGUGCUUUUUGUGGGGAGGCCUGGUAGGGUGAAGGACAGCACCUCUGUGACCACUCAGCUUUCUCUUCUAGGGUCCCCUACAUCCAGCACCUCCUAA